AUGGGGUCCUGGCUGUCCGGCCUGUGGAACGUACUGUCCGCCAUCUACAGUAUGAUGCUGGAUGUUACGCAGUUCUGGGAACAGAAGCUGCUGUCAUGGUGGAAAUCGAAGUCGCCCAAGAAUCGGCGCUUUCAAACACUCGCCACGGCGCAGUCCUACCAGGAGUGGGAGGAGGCUGCGUUCGAGCUGGACGAGCUCCUGAGUAAAGACACUUGGCGGCAGAAUCCUGUCAGUCGACACUAUGACUAUCGGCUUAUCCUUGGGCGGAUGGAGUCCUUAAUGAGAGCCCGUGAGAGUGAGGAUAUUUUGACACUUGUCAAUCUGCUUCGGUCUGGACUGGUCCGCAACCUCGGCAAUAUUACCUCCACUAAGCUGUUUACUCAUGCUUACGCUGGCACUAAACUCUUGAUCGAUGACUAUAUCACGCAGGUUGCGUUAUCAAUCCAGUAUAUUGCUUCGUUGCAGCCAGACUCCGGACACGAGGGGGUCUUUACCUCACAGGCGAAACUCGAGCUAUUGCACGAUACUCGACAAGCAUUUGGACGCACGACCCUGCUGCUGCAGGGCGGGUCGGCUUUCGGGCUCUGUCAUUUGGGCGUCGUCAAGGCUCUGCACCUUCAAGGGCUGCUGCCGCGGAUCAUCACCGGUACUGCUACUGGCGCAAUGAUCGCUGCACUUGUGGGUAUACAUCCUGAAAGUGAACUUCUUGCACUGCUGGAUGGCGAUACUAUUGAUCUUUCUGCGUUUGAUCGCCGACAGAAAGGCGCGGAAGGAACUCCUCCCGACAGUUGGAUCCAAACAUUUUUUAGGCGGUUAAAACGAUUCUUCAAAAAGGGACAUUUUUUCGACAUGGAGCUCCUCGAAGAAUGUGUCCGUGUCAAUGUGGGUGACUUGACCUUCGAAGAGGCCUAUGCCAGGUCUAAACGGAUCUUAAACAUUACCGUUGCUACUGCUGGCAAGACUGGUACCCCUAAUCUUCUCAACUACUUGACGGCACCGAAUGUGUUGAUCUGGUCUGCUGCCGCAGCAUCUAAUGCCUCGUCUUCGUCUACUAUCUCUUCCCCCGUCACUAUCUAUUGCAAGGAUGAGACCGGUUCAAUCGUCCCUUGGCCGCUCACCCAGGACGCCGUCUUUCAACCUUGGCGGCAUAUCAAUUACAACGACGGCGAAUCUCCCCUCUCUCGCAUCGCUGAACUUUUCAACGUAAACCACUUCAUCGUCUCCCAGGCCCGGCCCUACUUGAUCCCAUUCCUCCGCUCCGAGCUCAAUCUCCUCGACCGCCACCAAACAGGCUGGAACAACCUCUCCCGAUCCGUGAUGCGUUUAGUGCUCGUUGAGAUCCGCCACCGCCUCCGCCAAUUAGAUUACAUGAACCUCCUCCCCGGCUCCUUGAGUCGCCUCCUGAUCGAUGAAACCAUCCCAGGCCCCAACCUCACCCUCGUUCCCGACCUCACAUUCCAAGACCUACCCAAGCUCUUCCAACAGCCUACUCGCGCCCGCAUUGCAGAGUGGACGCUCAAGGGUGAGCGUGGCGUCUGGCCUGCUAUCAGCGCUCUGAAAGUCCGCGAGGCUGUGGAAAUUGAGCUGGACCGUGGGUACCAGCUUGUGCGUCGUCGCCGACCAAGCGACCAAGCCCUCCCUACGCCGCGAAACUUUGCUCACGAGGGAACUGUAUAUCGCCGGCGGGGUAACAGUGAGAAUGACAUGGAGAACGGAAUCCUAGCUGAUGGGGAAGGAAGGCAUACACAGGAGACUUAUCUUUAG